GUAGGGAGGAUUACAAUAAAACUCUAACUCAGCGCCUGCGGAUCGCAGAUCUGACCACAGCGCCUAAUUCCGAAGGCCUUCCCCUCUUCCACCAAAACAUUUGUACUUUCGUCGAUUUAAUUCGAAAAUAGGUUUCAUCCGAUUUUCAGCAGUGGACGCCGCAUAUUUUAUCCGGAUACAUUGACCAGCUCAACACAACGCACUGGUCAAAUUGGUCCCGAUUUCUUUCAUUCUGGACUCGCCUUGAUUGUCUGCAAAUCGUGAAUCUGUAACCUUGAAGGAUAUCUUGAAUUCUGGCUUGUUUUCAGGUAUAAUUUGAGCUAGCAAUGGAGAAAUCAUGUUCUUUGUUGGUACACUUUGAUAAGGGUACACCGGCCCUCGCGAAUGAGAUUAAGGAAGCCCUUGAAGGGAAUGAUGUUCCAGCAAAGGUUGAUGCCAUGAAAAAGGCUGUAAUGCUUUUAUUGAAUGGGGAGACCCUUCCCCAGCUAUUCAUUACUAUUAUCCGGUACGUGUUGCCCUCAGAAGAUCACACUAUUCAGAAAUUGCUGCUUCUCUAUCUGGAGAUCAUUGACAAGACCGAUGCUAAGGGGCGACUUCUACCUGAGAUGAUCUUGAUCUGUCAGAACCUGAGGAACAAUCUUCAGCAUCCCAAUGAGUACAUUCGGGGGGUCACGCUGAGAUUCCUAUGCCGCCUGAAUGAGGUGGAAAUCAUUGAGCCUUUGAUCCCUUCUGUUCUGUCAAAUUUGGAGCACCGACAUCCAUUUAUCAGAAGGAAUGCUAUUCUUGCUGUGAUGUCAAUUUACAAGCUCCCGCAAGGAGAGCAGCUCUUGGCAGAUGCUCCUGAGAUGAUUGAAAAGGUUCUCACAUCCGAACAGGACCAAUCGGCCAAGAGGAAUGCAUUUCUGAUGCUGUUCAAUUGUGCCCAGGAUCGUGCAAUUAAUUACCUUUUGACUCAUGUUGACAGAGUACCAGACUGGGGAGAGUUGCUUCAGAUGGUAGUCCUGGAAUUGGUCAGGAAAGUCUGUAGAACGAACAAGGCAGAGAAAGGGAAGUACAUUAAGAUUAUUAUCUCUCUGCUAAACGCCCCUUCUGCUGCUGUUAUUUAUGAAUGUGCUGGAACUCUUGUUUCUUUGUCUUCUGCUCCUACAGCUAUCAGGGCUGCUGCCAAUACCUACUGCCAGCUUCUUCUGUCUCAGAGUGACAACAAUGUCAAACUUAUUGUGCUUGAUCGUCUGAAUGAACUGAAAUCAUCUCACAGGGACAUUAUGUUUGAUUUGAUAAUGGAUGUUCUUAGGGCACUUUCAAGCCCGAACCUUGACAUUCGGAGGAAAACACUUGAUAUAGUUCUUGAUUUGAUCAUGCCACGAAAUGUCAAUGAGGUUGUUCUCACUCUUAAGAAAGAAGUUGUGAAAACUCAAAGUGGCGAGCUGGAGAAGAAUGGGGAGUACCGUCAAAUGCUCAUUCAAGCCAUUCAUUCCUGUGCUAUAAAAUUCCCAGAAGUUGCAAGCACUGUGGUCCACCUAUUGAUGGAUUUCUUGGGUGACAGCAACGUUGCUUCUGCAAUGGAUGUGGUUGUUUUUGUGCGAGAAAUUAUUGAAACAAACCCAAAAUUAAGGGUUUCCAUAGUCACCAGGCUGCUUGACACGUUCUACCAGAUUCGAGCUGCACGGGUUUGUUCUUGCGCUCUUUGGAUUAUUGGAGAAUACUGCUUGUCCCUUUCUGAAGUCGAGAGCGGCAUUGCAACCAUUAAGCAGUGUCUUGGGGACUUACCCUUUUACUCUAUUUCUGAAGAAGGGGAUGCUGCUGAUCCAGCAAAGAAAUCUCAGCAGGUAACUUCCAUCACCGUUUCAUCCAGACGACCAGCUAUCCUUGCUGAUGGGACGUAUGCCACUCAAAGUGCUGCUUCUGAAACUGCUUUCUCCCCUCCAACUGUUGUCCAAGGAUCAUUAACUACUGGAAAUCUGAGAUCUCUCCUCCUCACUGGUGAUUUUUUCCUUGGGGCUGUGAUUGCCUGCACACUGACAAAGCUUGUGCUGAGACUGGAAGAGGUUCAGCCUUCCAGGGUUGAAGUCAAUAAAGCAUCUACAAAUGUACUGUUGAUCAUGGUUUCAAUGCUACAGCUAGGGCAGUCUUCGGUUCUUCCUCAUCCAAUUGAUAAUGAUUCUUAUGAUAGGAUAGUUCUUUGCAUAAGACUGCUGUGUAACACAGGGGAUGAGGUCAGGAAGAUAUGGUUGAAGUCUUGCCGUGAGAGUUUUGUUAAGAUGCUUUCUGAUAAACAGCUACGCGAAACAGAGGAAAUUAAAGCAAAAGCUCAGAUUUCCCAUUCACAGCCAGAUGAUCUGAUUGACUUCUACCACUUGAAGAGUAGAAGGGGCAUGAGCCAGCUGGAGUUGGAAGAUGAGGUCCAAGAUGAUCUAAAACGUGCCACAGGGGAAUUCAUUAAGGAUGGAGAUGAUGCAAACAAGCUUAACCGUAUUCUUCAGCUUACAGGUUUUAGCGAUCCUGUGUAUGCUGAAGCAUAUGUGACAGUUCACCACUAUGAUAUCGUCCUGGAUGUUACAGUCAUUAAUAGAACUAAGGAAACUCUGCAGAAUUUGUGUUUGGAGUUGGCAACAAUGGGAGAUCUUAAACUAGUUGAGCGGCCACAGAACUACACUCUGGCUCCUGAAUCAAGCAAGCAGAUCAAAGCAAAUAUUAAGGUGUCCUCCACAGAGACGGGUGUCAUAUUUGGGAACAUAGUCUAUGAGACUUCGAAUGUGCUUGAACGAACUGUCGUUGUCCUCAAUGACAUACACAUUGACAUCAUGGACUACAUCUCUCCUGCAGUGUGCAGUGAUGCUGCUUUCAGAACUAUGUGGGCAGAAUUUGAAUGGGAGAACAAGGUUGCUGUAAAUACUGUUAUUGAAGAUGAGAAGGAAUUCCUUGACCAUAUUAUUAAGUCAACCAACAUGAAAUGCCUGACUGCGCAGUCAGCUUUGGAAGGUGAGUGUGGAUUCCUUGCCGCUAACCUUUAUGCAAAGAGUGUGUUUGGAGAGGACGCUUUGGUGAAUGUCAGCAUUGAGAAACAGGCAGAUGGUAAGUUGAGUGGUUAUAUUAGAAUAAGAAGCAAGACUCAAGGAAUUGCUCUCAGCCUGGGGGACAAAAUCACUCUUAAGCAGAAGGGAGGUAGCUGAAUUCUGGAUGCACUGUUAGUCUUAGUGCCGUAAUAGUGGUUCACAAGUUUGGAUGAAAUCAUUGGGGCUCUUUCAACACAUUUCCUGGCUGCUGCAAAGAGUAAACGCAGAAUAUCAGUGUCAGUGUUCUUGCAUUGAGUCCUUCAAAUGCUCGAAACCGUAUUAGAUUGCAUCUAUUUUUGUAGAGUAUAUUGGAGAGAAGAAAGAAUGGCGGACUUUGCUACCUUGACUCAUCUAGAGAAUUCAUUGUCAAUUUUCUUUUUACGCUUUGAGAUCGGAUUGGAUUCAGGAAUUCUUAUCUUUUUCCCCUUCUUUUUUACUUAAAUUGUAUUUUUUGUCUUUUGGGCGGAAUGAAUUUGUUACUUUUGUUAUGAAUACCAUGGUACGAUACAUCUCUAUU